CGAGAGGAGGGCAUCGCGGAAAGAUGCACUUGGCGUGCCGCAGGACUCAUAAGGCCGAGAUCGGCGCGCAGUUUUCUGGCUCGCGCGCAGGGGGAGAGCAGCUGUUUCCAGGCUGGACGGUGCGGCGGCCACAGAACGUCGGGGACUUCAGUCUGAUCGCGACCGUCGUGUUGCGAGGUUGUGUCACGGGAACCGGUUUGUUCGUGUUUCGAGAAACCGCCUCGUCGCCACGUGCAUUCGUUCGUUCAACUACAAUCGCCCCGGCUCUGUGUGGUCGAACUUUUGCCGCCGGUUCGGGUUACGAGAAGACGCGCCGUCGAUUAAAUUUCACCGUCAGGAAGCGGCGUUCGCCGAUGAAAGUCCGAUAUCGUCGGCUGGACCUUCCUUGCGUAUAGUCACAAUCAUGGUAUGACACACUAGAUUGAGGUAGCCAGUCUAUAAACGACCACCAGCCGCCGCCGCCGCCGCCGCCAUGAGCAAGCUAUUUCAAUUUCUGGCUCUCCUCCUGUGUGUCAAUGCCAGACGGACGGACGGAGACAGACCUGCGGAUGACGCGUACGCCGGUCAGCAGCGUCGCGGCGCCCUUCACAAGUCGAAUUACAACAGCAAUAAUAAUUACAAUCACCAGUCGAACUCACCCUAUCUGCCGUAUCAGCAGCCCCGAGAGAGAAAGCCCAACAUCGUGUUGAUUCUGACGGACGAUCAAGACGUCGAGCUCGGUUCGCUGAACUUCAUGCCGCGGACCCUAAGGCGAAUAAGGAAUGAGGGUGCCGAGCUAAGACACGCGUACGUGACCACUCCCAUGUGUUGCCCGAGUAGGAGCUCCUUACUGACCGGUCGUUACGUUCACAAUCACGAGGUCUUCACGAACAACGACAACUGCAGCAGUCCCCAGUGGCAACGGGAUCAUGAGCCUCACUCCUUCGCCGCUUACUUGAGCAACGCGGGAUAUCGGACAGGUUACUUCGGCAAGUAUUUGAACAAAUACAACGGCUCGUAUAUACCGCCGGGAUGGCGGGAAUGGGGCGGCCUUAUAAUGAACUCCCGCUACUACAACUACAGCGUCAACAUGAACGGCAAGAAGAUAAAGCACGGCUUCGAGUACAGCCGGGACUAUUAUCCGGACCUGAUAGCUAACGACAGCGUGGCUUUCCUCAGGCAGAGCAAACACAAUUUCGCCCGGAAGCCGGUGAUGUUGGUCGCGAGUUUUCCGGCGCCGCACGGCCCAGAGGACUCAGCGCCGCAAUUCUCACAUCUCUUCUUCAAUGUCACCACUCAUCACACACCGGCAUACGAUUACGCGCCGAAUCCCGAUAAACAAUGGAUACUGCAAGUUACGCAGAAGAUGCAACCUAUUCACAAACAGUUCACAGAUCUAUUAAUGACGAAACGACUGCAAACUCUACAGAGCGUCGAUGCUGCUGUAGACAGAAUUUAUCAAGAAUUGAAAGAUUUGGGUGAACUGGAUAACACGUAUAUUAUUUAUACGUCCGAUCACGGAUAUCACUUGGGGCAAUUCGGGCUUAUCAAAGGCAAGAGCUUUCCGUUCGAGUUCGACGUGAGGGUGCCAUUCCUUAUUAGAGGUCCUGGCAUCGAACCUGGAUCCGUAGUAGACGACAUAGUUUUGAACAUCGAUCUGGCGCCGACGUUCCUGGAUAUCGCCGGCGUCGAGACGCCGUCGCAGAUGGACGGUCGCUCUUUCAAGAAACUCUUUCUCAACAGCAAGCACGGCAGAAGGUCGAAGUUCAAGUGGCCUGAUACAUUCCUGAUCGAGUCCUCUGGACGUCGCGAAAUUCCGGAAUCUAUCGCUGAGUCGAAAGUGCGAGAAGCUAGGAGGCAAAAUACUACACAGGCUAAGCAGUCGCCAAGCUCGACACCGGAAGAGGAGGACGACGAUAUCACCGAUACGGACUCCGACGUUGAAGUGGAGCAUCGAUUUACAGAAAACGAUACCGGAAGCGACCAGGAUAUUUCAGACGACGAAGAGUUCGAAGAUUCAAUUAUCGACGAAACAAGCUCGGAUCCGCAUCUCGACAAUAGGGUGCAUCCGGUGCACACGCCCUACGCGACGAAACACGAGCGUCUCGCGGCGGAGUGCUCGCGACCGGAAGCACAGGCUGAUUGUCUUCCCGGACAGAAGUGGCGAUGCGAGAGGGAUGGACACCGGUGGCGACGGCACAAGUGCAGGUACGCGGCACCCCUGCCGCCGCAAAGAGUGUCGAAGAAGUGCGCUUGUUUCACGCCCAACGGCGUGAUCUAUACGAGGCUUGAAUCUAACGAUUAUGACAAGCAGAGAUACGGUUUCUCGAGAGACCGUCGAAUGGAUCCUUACAGCGAUAUGACGGGAUACUUCACCAAGCGAGGCAAGCGAGAAGUAUCAGACGGUACCAUAUCAAGCAAGAAAAAUAACGAGGACUUGUACGAUGAUUUUAAUUUCGGAGAUGAACGCGAUAGGCGUGCUAUUGAUGAGGAAGACGACGAGGACUUUCUUCAAGAGUUAGAUAUGCUCGCGCGGGAAGUGAAGCUGGACCACAAGAGUGUACGAUCAUCUAGAAAUAACAAUCGAUCAAGAGUUGCGGACAUUUAUGAUGCUGACAAACAAGAUAAAAUCAACUACUUGGAUUACGACUAUUUGCUAUACGACUUCGAUCUCACUCUAGAUAAAGUUGUAAAAGGUCGACUUAAUGUGAACGACGUAAUAAAAAGGCACCGUAGGGUGCGGAGGAGUGUCACGAAGAAAGACCCUAUAGAACAUGUCACAAAGAUUAUGGAAAGUAUAGAGGAAGAACUGGAUGACUUAAAGCAAACACGAGAUCGUCAAUCAUCCGAAGUAGAAAAAGCGUUAUCGCCGAAGUGCUUGGUUUUACCGGAAGGGGGUGUAAAUUGCACUGAAAUUGUGUAUCAAGAUCCUAACGAGUGGCGAAUCUCGAGACGAGAGAUCGAGCAGCAGAUCCGGGAUAUGCGAAUGCAGCUGGAAACGUUGAAAGAGAUUCGCCGGCAUUUAAUGAUCAAACGUCCACAUUUCAUCCCGGAUAAUGAGGAGAAACUCGCUGACGCAGAAGAAUCUCGCGGCUCGCAUAAAACUCAUCAUCCUCCAAAAAAUCAUGCGAGUCGUCAUCAUAAAAAACACGAUAAGAUUGCUCAUACCACUACAGAUCGUAUCACGAGCUCGACGACGGAGUCUGCUGCGAAAAUUAGUACAAUUCUAGGUGACGAUAAAGUUUCAAUUUCAACGGAGAGGAAAUUCAAUAAAUACAGUACAACCACUGAAACUUCUACCACGGAAACUGUCACUGAGACGCCGAUAACGACAAUCUUUACGACGAUUAAGCCGAGGAAAUCGCCCCGUCGCCAGAAAAAUAAGGAAACUUCUACGAACAGAACGGAAAUCGACGAGGAUAAGCCACAGAGGCGCAGAAAAGUGCAUCACCAUCGCAAAAAUAAUACGCUGCUUACGAACAGCGUACACGACAAUGCUCCGCGUGUGACGCUUAUUAUGAAUACAACUGAUAGCAGCGAUGCUACAUCGUCUACGCAAGAUUCUACGACUGGUGAGAGAUACAAUUACAAUCAGCACAAAUUUACGACUGCGACCAAUACAAUCGUAGAAGGAAGUACAACGCGACAAAGAAUCGCUGAUGUAUUCAGAAGUACUAACGAUUUCAACGAAGAUCAUACUACGGAAUCGGUCACAGUUACCGAAACGACUAUGGCAAUGACUUCGCACAUAACGGAAGUGCCAGGAACCAACUCGGCUAUCAGUCAAGAUGCGAGCGUUGAUCGAUCUCGAAGUAUGUCUACGACACCAACGACUACGACAUCGCCGAUGAAAAGAUAUCCUAAGGUACAAAAGAACAGAACGUCGGGACUUCUCGGACCAGCCAGGAUUGACGUUACCAUUCUUGAAGCUCCCGACAGGAAACACAAACAAGGUAUCACGACGACUACUAAUAACGGUCGCCUGCCGCCGUUGUCGAACAAUCCGUUAGAAGCGCGACAUAAAUGUUACUGCGAAUCGGAUACGAAGAAGGAUGAGAAAGAGAUCGCUAGAGAGGAGAGACGGCGAUUGAAGGAGGAGCGCUUGAAGAAGAAAGAGCGAAAGCUCAGAAAGAAAGCCAAGCUGGAAAAGGAGUGUCUAACGGAGAAAAUGAACUGCUUCGAGCACGAUAACGAUCACUGGCGCACCGCACCUCUGUGGAAUGCGGGACCAUUCUGCUUUUGCAUGAAUGCUAAUAAUAACACGUAUUCGUGCAUACGCACAAUUAACGUGACGCACAAUUUUCUUUAUUGCGAGUUUACUACGGGAUUAGUGACGUAUUAUAAUUUAAGAAUCGAUCCAUUUGAACAAUGGAAUAGAGUGUCAUCUUUGACACCCACUGAAAGAUCUUAUCUACAUGACCAAUUAGAGCACUUGAAGGGAUGUAAAGGUACAUGGGAUUGUACAGUCGGUAGCGCAAGAGAGGCUAUGCCACAACUCCAGCAACAUCAACGAUAUAUCUCGAAAAGAAAAUAUAACGAUGCGUUCGCAGAUGAUACAUUUGUACCUUCAGCGUUACAAAUUAUACAUGAAAGCGAACUUGGUAGCCCACCCAACAAAAGACGGAAGAAGUUACAGAAUUGGAAUAGGCGCAGCAGAAGCUGGCAAAGUAGCUUCCGACAUCAUCAAGAUUCAAUAAAUCCCCGACGUCAUAAUUAUAGACAUCAAUACUGAUUAAUGUAUCUUUUUUUAUACGCUUCAACAACCGCGUGACAAAUUGCCUUAGGUAUACAUUGAUUUCAUAAUGCAUUUAGUAGCCUAAUUUAUUUAGUAAUAAAUAACGAAGAUUACGGUGAUAUUUAAAUUAAUAAUUUUUCAAUUCUAUUAGAUUUUUAUCAUCCAAAUUACGCACGUUUUCCAUGUAACAUUUUAUAGCGACUGAAAAAUUUAAUUGUAGGAUUUUCAUGUGCACUAUGUGUGGAGCACGUUUAAAAAAAUUUAUAGCUGUAAGUUUUAUUUAAUUUAGACUAUCAAUGGUCAAAAGACACAACUAGGUGAUGUCAUUCUAUUUUAUAUACAUAUAGUUCUUAUUCUUUUUUAAUUUAUUUAAUUUUUUUAAUUUUGAAAAUAUGUAGUA